ACAUCAUCAGUCCAAGUCCCAUCAUUAACUUAAGUUAUGUCCACCAGAAAACUGUUCACUGCACCGCUCGGUUUUGCUUACGCAUGACAUAGAGCGCCGACGAAGCCUUCCAUAUGAAGCUAUACCACUGUCGUUCCGGGCGACAUCUACGCCAACUUGCAUGACAUACAUACAUUUGACCAGCCAUGACAAGACGAAGGACAGGCGGUAGAGUGGGCGCAAGAAUCACGACGACAGCGCGCGGGAACGGUUCGCGCAUACUUGGCAAUGAAAAUGACGUUCCAGAUGUGUACAGGGAGAUGAUGCGUGAGGAUGCUGCAGCCACGGUAGCGCGCACUGACGACGACGAUUCAAGGCCUCGAAAGAAGCCACGGCGAGCUGGAGACCGAGUGACGAAUCGAGCACCUCUUGCGGCGAACCCGAACAACGAGCAGAAAGAAAAGACAGCUUCAACGUUUCAUGUUCAUUCGAGUCCCCCGGCCGAUGAGAAGCCGGCGCGGAGUAUUGAGCAGGAAAAGGACAGUGACUCUGAGCUUGAAUUCGAAGACGUGCAUCUCGCUAGCGAUGAUCACACGAGCGCAGACGAGAUUGGCAAUGAUACACUCCCCGAGCUGAUGAAGGGUCUUGAGGACGGCGGACUUUCGAUUGUAGCAAAGGCGCCAGGCGAACUUGCGACGACGUCAAAAGCACGGAAGAAUAAGAAGAGGAUCACAUCAGCUGAGCGGAGCGUUAGGCUGGCCCUGCAUAAAAUGCACGUGUGUUGUUUACUUUAUCAUGUGUUCUACAGAAAUCAGUGGUGUAAUGACCAAUUUGCGCAGGCAAUUCUCAAGAAGAUGGUCCCCUUCAGAACAGUUCAGCUGCUCAACCCAGACUUGCGGGCUAGCCAAGCACAAAGCUCGAGUUUCUUCCUCCUCGGCUUGAAUCAAAUCACGGAUUUGUUCUUCGACAGGUUCCAGAUCGAGUCCCUUGGUAUGCAGCGUCCACAAUGGGUUGUGGAAAGAGAUGAUAUUGCGAAGAUCACGCUACACGAUGCGAGCGAAAAGCCGACGGAACUAAGCGAUUUCAGAAGAGCGGCACAGAGCCUAAAGGGGUCAGCAGAUUUAGGAGCGCAGCUUUUUUGCUGUCUGCUGAGAGCAGUUGGUGUCGAAGCUCGGCUCGUGUGUUCGUUACAGGUGCUCGGGUUUGCCAGUACGGUCAAGGAAGUAGCAGAGGCCUCGAACGCUGCCACACCAGUAAAGAAAACACUAUAUCUUCAUGACUUUACACGCAGCUCCGAUGAAGGAGCUACUGGAGACGGUGUCAACAGCCUCGCACACCAGACUUCGUCACGCAUCGCGCGAGUUGGUCAACCGCGCGCGACUACGUCCGAGGUCGUCAGUCAAACCGCUCGUCGCCUAAGUGGUACCCGCCCGCGAGUCGAGAGGCCCGCAUACCCUGUCUUCUGGGUAGAGGCGUUCAAUUCGGCGCAUCAGAAAUGGAUUGCUAUCGAUCCAAUAGCAACGCACACCGUCAACAAGCCCGCGCGCCUCGAGCCCGGCGUCAAUGACGCAAGAAAUUCCAUGUGUUAUGUCUUCGCGUUCGAGGAAGAUGGCGUGGCCCGGGAUGUUACGCGUCGGUAUGCGAAAGCAUUCACCGCGAAAACGAGGAAGUUGCGAGUGGAAAGCACAGAUGGCGGCGCAAGGUGGCUACGAAAAGCUCUGAAAUUGUUCUCAAGAGUCCCCGCGCUUGACCGCGAUGCGCUUGAGGAUGCGGAAUUGACGGCCAAAGCUGCGGCAGAAGGCAUACCCAAGAACGUGCUCGAUUUCAAGAAUCACCCCUUGUUUGCUCUAGAAAGACAUUUGAGGCGAAACGAAGUCAUUUAUCCGAAGACGGAGAGUGGACGCAUUAACGUGGGCACAGCGAACAAACCCAAGUUUGAGAGUGUGUACCGAAGAAGCAAUGUACAUGUUGUGAAGAGCGCGGCUAAAUGGUUCAGGCUUGGUCGUGAAAUUAAAAUGGGUGAACAACCCAUGAAGCAUGCGAUGCCGCGGAAGGGGGUGCGCGUUACAGAGAGCCCGUUAGAAACGGACACUGCUGAACAUACGGGGGUUGGUCUCUAUGCCGUAUUCCAGACGAAAGUCUACGUCCCACCUCCUGUGGUCAACGGCAAGAUCCCCAAGAACGCUUAUGGGAAUAUAGACGUGUUUGUUCCCAGCAUGAUUCCUGAGGGCGCGGUCUGGAUCCGGGCUCCUGAAGCCAAACAGGCCGCGAGGAUUCUGAGUAUAGACUAUGCAGACGCAGUCACAGGUUUUGAUUUCCAACGUCGGCAUGGAACUGCAAGGAUCGAUGGCGUUGUAGUUGCGGAAGAAUGUUUUGAGGCGAUGGAAAUAGUGUGUGAAGCGAUCAGGGAAACGGCACGAGAGGAGAGGGAGGAGGACAAGAAGAGGGAAGUGCUGAGACUCUGGAGAAGGUUUAUCGUAGGUUUGAAAGAAGCAAGAAGGAUAGAGGGGUAUCUACGGGAUAACGAGCAACCGACGGACAGUACAAUUGUGCCAGACUCACGAGCUCCUGGCGAGCGAGAUGACUAUAUGCUUCGUGAUGAGGAGGAGGAGGACGAUGGGGGAAAUAAAUCGAGGCUGCGCCAAACGACUCGCACGUCUCGUGCAACCCAGGACGACGGUGGUGGGUUUUUGCUUGACUCUGGUGACGAGAGCGAUAUGUGCGCAGGAGGAUUCAUAGCCGAAACCUCAGAUGACGAUGGCAGGAGCGACGCAUUUCUUUCCAAAGAGACCGUUACCAAAGAUAAGGGUGACGACGAAGACGACGAAGACGAUGUCGACAGUGAUUACCCACUUGAAUCUGAAAGAAGUUCAAGUGAUUGCGACCAGCCAGACGCAUCUUUAAUUGAUGCAGCAAAUGGCGGUCCAGCGAAAGACGAAUAUCCAUUCGGUUUUACGAAUAUCAGGGUGCCUGUGUCGAGCCGAAGAACGGAAAGCGACGGUCAUCAAAAGACGGCGUGUCUGGCGCGAGUAAUUAGAGGAAUGAGACGAUCAGGCCCGCGGGAACAAGAACAGCGUUCUUUUGCAGCUGGGGAAGCGACAAGCAAAGAUUCAAGAAGUGAUGGAGAUAACGGGAAGCCAAUGGAUAGGAAAGAUGACCGGCCGGACAAUACGCUGGGAGAUGCAGUGACGAAGGAUAAUGCUCCAAAGCCCAUUGGCAGCUCUACCAAGGCAGAGCAACAAAGAAAGUUUUCACCACCCUUGCCACGCACUGGGGAUUUUCAUGAAGCAGAAAACCACGCAGAGAAGAGCGAUAUACAAGCACCUGUGGUAUCAGAAGUACCUGAUCCAGAUCAAGUCGAAGAACCGCCUGUUUCCAGUUACGAAUAUGACGAGGACAUGCUAGAAGAAGACCCGGAAGAUGAAGAUGCGGAGCCAGAGUGGCUUGCAUGAUAUCGUGAUAAUUUAUUGUUUGUAUCGUAGUUUUUUUUGGCCCUGGUGAAACGUCUUUGGGGUUAAAGGGGCUAAACUAGAAUUUGCGCCCUGAGAUGAUUCAGUAAAGCAAGUGGUUUGUCGGAAACCACGGGUGCUAACACUAGGAGUUGGCUCCGGCGCGCAUCGCGAUUGGGAGAUGGUCCAAUGAAAAAUUCGUCACUAUCUCCCCGUUGCUUU